AUGUCGCUGAGCCCCAAACCGCACCACCACCAUCAUCACAACCAUCACGCCGCGCAUACGACACCGUUCUCCGUUACCGACAUACUCAGCCCAAUCGAGGAGUACCGUAAGCUCGAGCUGUGCGGCUCGCCUUCUCCGUACCACAGGUCCAGCACGGCCGGUAGCACCGGCGGCAGUGCCUCCGGAAGCCCAGGAGCCAUGUCCGGCGGUGGAGGUAACAACAACAACAACAACAAUAACGUCCCUGGAGCGGUCCCGGCCGCAGCCAGCUGGCACGUGCACCCGCAAUUCCCGGCGCCGCCGCCGCCGCCACCUCAAUAUUGUCAGCCGGACAUGGUCACGUCGUACGGGAAUUCGGCCACGUGGUACGGGGCACCAGCCAACGACCCACGGUUUGCAAUAUCCAGAUUGAUGGGCUCGUCAAACACCCCGAUGAAUGGUAUGACAAACAUGGAAUGCGAUAUCAAACCACCUCUACAGUUUCCACUUACCCAGAGACGAAAGCGGAGAGUGCUGUUCACUCAGGCUCAAGUUUAUGAACUAGAACGAAGGUUCAAACAACAAAAAUAUUUAUCAGCACCCGAACGAGAACAUUUGGCUAGUCUAAUUCAUUUAACUCCAACACAGGUGAAAAUAUGGUUCCAGAACCAUAGAUACAAGUGUAAACGUCAGGCGAAAGAAAAAGCUAUGGCCGAACAGAAUGCCCAAAAUCAGGCCCAGAGUUCACCACGAAGAGUGGCCGUGCCCGUUUUAGUGAAAGACGGCAAACCGUGUUCGGGUACGUCAGACACGUCCGGCCAACAGCCUGCGCCCGGCGGCAACAAUUGCAACGGCCACUGCCCCGCUAUGCACCACGGUGGCCACGUACCAGUCCCCGUCCACCCCCAUCACCACGGUCACCAUCACCAUCACGGGUCGCCCAACGUCGGGCACCACCAGCAACAGCACCAACCACCGCAACACCAGUUGCUGACCAACACCGCGAUGCCGUACCCAAGACAGAACGUUGGUCAGCACCACCAUCAACAGCAAAACAUGUCAUAUUUAUCCAUUCAAGGACGUGCGUGGUGAGCUGUGGCCCGUUAAUAAUUACCUAUAUUAUUAAUAGGCAAGCAUUACUUAGUGUAGACUUUCAAAAAAAUAAUUUCAUAUCGUUUUGUUUCAAUGCGAAUUUUUUUAUGUAAAGAUAUUAUAAUUUAUAAUACAUACGCACGCGCGCACACAUAGAAAAAUUAUGCUUGUUUUUAAGUAUUUAGACAAUUUUAAGCAUAACAAUUUUGAACAAACGCAAUUAUAUAGUGAGAUAUUAGAAAAAAUUCAUAUAUUAUACGCGUAUAUAUAGAUACCUCUUUUUAAGCUCGUUACGUAUAAUCAUGUGUACACAUUUUUAAAUUAAAUUUUAUCUUGGACUCUCUAAGUCAAUUAAAUUUUGUUUGUACUAGGUAUGUGUAUUAGUAAUUUUUUUUUAUGUUUUAUAAAUCUGAACGUUCUACCUCCAAGCCACGUAUAUACUUAUCGAUGUAUGAAGUAUUUUGAAACUUUCGUAAUAAUUAUUGUAAAUCACAAAAAAUUAACUCUAAAUCUAAGACACUCGACUUGUUUUUUUUGUUGUAUCAUUCAAGUCAUAAAUAUAGGAAUUUUUAGAAGUUUAAAAAAAUGGGGUCAUUAUUAUUAGUUGACCUUGGCACGUAGAAAAAAUAAAAUCCAACCGACGUUUUUAUUCGACAAGGGGUACAGAAAGGUUUGCUAUCCCUGACAUAUGCCAUACACAAGUUCUUAAAUUUUCUAUAAUAUUUAGCAGGAUAUAAUAUUCAAUAUAACCUUAUUGAAAAAAUUCAAUAUUAUUUAAUAGAAAAUGGUACCUAUAGGUAUCAAUUUGUCAGUCAUAUUCAGCCUCUUAUGUUUGUGAGAAUGAACCUAUAUAUUAAUUUGAUGGUCCGUGAUAGUUUCACUUUGAUUUUUUUUUAUAGGUACAUAAAAUAAUUUAUCUAUUUGUUUAUUAAGAAGUUUUAAGUAUAUGUAAUAUAUGUAUCUAUGCUUGUGUAUAAACCUCUAUUUUCAAAGCACUAUAAAUACCAUUCUUAGUUGUAUAUUUGUAUAUAAUUAUUAAUAAUAUAUAGUUAAGAAUUUUGUAAGUAGGUUCUAAUAUUACAUAAAGAAAAUAGACUGUUGAAUACACCUAUAAAAACACCUAACCUAUCUACCUGAAGUGUUAUUUAAACAAUUCUUGUGUAAAUUUACAAUCGCUAAAGAGAUGGUUGAAUUGAAAUGGGUGCAAAACAUUUUAUCAACUAUAUAUUAUAGUCUCAAUAAUUGUAUAAUGUAUAUUUAUAUAUGUAUACUUAUAGGUAUCUAUACUAAGUCAAAGUAUAAUAUUAAAAUAUUUUCAAUGUAUAAACUGUUGAGUACUAAUCAUCAAACGAAAUACGAAUCAUAUUCAAAGCUAAGAAUCCGUGUUAAUGAUGACCUAUACCUUUAUUAUAUAUAUAUACUAUAUAGUAUAUAUACCUAUAUUGCAAUAUGUAUACUUAUUUUAGGGUGGGUAUAAUAUAUAUUUACAUUUAUAUAAGCUUAUAUUACUAUAUUAUACGAGCGUUGAUUGAUUGAAAUUUCAUCAUCAAAAUUCAAAGGAACAUGUCUUUUCUUUUUCUUUUAUUUUUUUUUAGUAGGAAACAGGCAAUUGUCUAAAAUUAAAUUAUCAAAAUAAUAUAGGUACAUAUAUGUUAUAUAUAUAUAUAUAGUAUAUCGGUAUAUCAUAGAAGUGUAUUGAAAUGUAUGUUACAAUUUAUGUUUACCUCUCCUCUUUAAUAUAAUAUUGUAUAUGUUAUGUUCAUUUGACGUUAUAUAAACAUAAUAUUCUAUUAUACACGCUCGCAUUGGCUUGCAAUGAGUAUUUCUCAUAUUGAUUACAUUGUUUAAAAUUUUAAUAGGCCCGAAUAUAUACAUAUAAGUAAGCUGUUUGUAUUAA